AUGUUUUGUCGCCGGUCGAGCUCGUGUCAUCAGAACAGUGGUGGUGGUGGUGUAACCAGUCAAUCAGUCCUCGUUUCGCCAUGGCUGUUCACCUCAUUGAAUGUUCAGCACGAAACAGCUCAGGAUGCUGAGCUGGUGAUUGUGCAAAAGAUCGAUAUUGCUGGUCCUUUCAUCUAUGAGGCUUACGUUUUGGCUUAUGCGGUGAUCCUGCUCAACACCACACUCCAUAAUGCCAAUGCUAAGGGUCAGAGUUUCGGACUGGCAGAUGAGAAGACAUUUGUUCGAACUAUGCUGGACUAUGAUGAUCAAACGGAAUUGUCCGAAGACCUUGUCAGAGACCGUGAUUUCAACUCCCACGUAGAUCUUCCGUAA